AUGGUGCCGGCAAACGGCUCCCGGCGGGGCAGGGGGGGGUCGCAGGCGGCCGGGGCGGCUCAUUACAACCAGCAGAUGGCGCGAUUCGGUAGCUUAGGGGGUGGGUACGCCCCGGGGCCCCCCAAGUAUUUCUCGAUCGACGUGGAGUGCGUGGCCACGGGCACGGACCACAACGCGCGCGGCGUGGGUCAGAUCUCGCUGGUGGACGAGUACGAGCGCGUGCUAUUGAACAUCUACGUCAAGCCGGAGGCACCCGUGGCGUCCUACCUGUCGCCGCUGACGGGCCUGAGCAGGGAGGUGUUGGAGAAGCACGGCGUGCCGCUGGCGACGGCGAUGCAGUACCUGCGGAGCUACCUGCCGCCCUACGCCGUGCUGGUGGGGCAGAGCAUCGGGAAGGACGUGGGCUGGCUGUCGCUGCGCGAGGGCGUGGACUUCGAGUCGAUGGUCGACCUGGCGGGCCUGUACAGGAUCUGGAACGCCGCUUACAACAGCGUGUCCGUGUUCUCGCUGGACCACCUGGCCAAGGUGCUGCUGGGCUACAACAGCGCGGGCGGCACGCAGCCGCACAACGCCGUGAGCGACGCGCUCAAGUCGAUGCAGCUGUUCAACUACUACCGCCAGGUACGCAACGUGGCCGGCAUGUGGAAAUCCGUGGAGGCUGCUCUGCUGGCCGCGCCUGUGGAUGAGUCGUUCGCAAAGAGGCACCCAUGCUUCGAGGGCGUGUGCAUGGGAAACCGGAAGAAGUGCACGUGCGGGGCACCCUUCCUGGGAUGA